AUGGCUUCGCAGUCUGUUCAACCACUGCGCAUUCAGAAAGGUGGCAAUGGGUCGCCCAACAAGCUGCCCAUGGCCAACUCCCGCCCCCUCUCAGAGCUGAGUCCUAUGGCGAUUCGGAGAAAUUCUCCCAGCUUUCCACAAGGCAAGACUUCUCUCAUCAAGAGUCCUUCGUCGCCCGGUAAUUCGUCUCCCUUCGGCAACUCCCCACGCGCUUUCUGGCAAGGCCGCGACGUCAACUCUCCAGCGCUCGAGAAUCAUAACCCCCUCGAAGUCCUACCUUCACCACCCCCUGCGAAGCGAUCUUCGAUCGAGAACUUGAAGAAAGCUUCUCGUGUUAAGAACAGCAGCAUGUUUGCACGCGAGCAGAACAAUUACUACGAUCCAUCUCGUCCAACCAUCUUGGAUGGUGCGCCGCUGGGCUCCAGUCGCUCAUCCCUCAUGCAGGACUCUGACAUGCAGCGACAGGAGAACGUAUCUCCUCAGAAGUCGCCUAUGGCUUCGCCAGGUCCAGUCCAGUCGCCGACGACUAAGCCCCUUGACGAGGUAUGCUUCCCCAACGGCAUUGCGCCUCUGUCGCCAAGUAAGAGCCAUACUUCUCCCACAAAGUCUUCGCUAUCAAAAAGAUCUGGUCAGGCAUUCAAGCAGAGCGCGUUUGAUCCUGAAACAGGCAUCUGGGAGGAUGAUGACGGUACCGAGAAGAAGCUGCCGGAGGGCCGCUAUCUACACCGUCAUGCGAAGAGCGUCACCUUCGACCAGGCGCCCCCACAGAUCAAUGAAUACGAAAUGACUACCCCAGACCCGUCGUCAAUUGCAUCAGGAUCGCGAGAGGGCAGCUACGAGUCCGAUCAGGAAGAUGAGGAGCUGAGUUUCGAGCGUGGCUCUUCCAUGGAUCACGAGGACAGCUUCGACGCUUCGCUUGAGGAUACUGAGAAGACUCCGGUCGUGCUUCCUGAAGAUUGGCGAUUCAUGAGUCCAGAUCAAGUCAAUACCGCGCUAUCAAAGGGCGAGGAGGACGUCUUCGACGAUGAUUACGGCAGCCCGGGUCCUUCUGCCGACCCAGGGGCCCUUGCUUACCGACCUCAUCAGACGAGUGUCAACUCUGUCGACUCCAAUGGCGACCGUCGACCACUUCCCCCUCUGCCGCCUGGCGCUUCGUCUCCUCCAAAAAGCCCCGGGCGCGACAGCUUGUCCGGAACCCUUGAGCGCAUGAGCAACCCCCAUCGCAACCUGCCAUCUCCUCCAGGUGCUGCCACAGUAUCUAAAUCAGACAUCCGACACAUGAGUGGUGGUGGACUCUCCCUCAAUGACCGUCUUCGUCUCAUGAUGAGCGAGAAAGACCAAGAUGCACAGCGUGAGCGACGCAUGCGGCGCGCUGACUCGAAAGAGUCCAGCCCUGCUAGAAGUGAAAGUCGAGAGCCAGAACCUGAAGUGAAUGGAGGAGAGCCCAUCCCUGAAGAAGCAGCUAGCAGCAGUGCUCCCACACAUAUCUCGCGGGAGUCUAUUCUCCGCCAUAUGUGCAGUGAGCAAGACUUGCACGAUCGUGGCGCAGGGAACGACUCUCGUACUCCUUCGCAAACGUCGAUGUAUGAUCCAGAUAUCCCAAUUCCGUCAAUGGAAGAUCCUACGCAAAUGCGCCAAGACGAUUCAGUCGUGAUCAAGCAAGAAGAGGAUGAGAGCGAUACCGACUUGUACGAUAUUCAAGAGAUGUACGUCCGGGACGCAGAUCUAGAGUCGCAAGCCUCAGAUGAUGAUCUACCAAGCCAGUACUCCCAGCCAUCCAUGGCUUCUCUGCCUGUGACCGCAGAUGACGGUCAAGACACACCUAGAGCUCAGAGUCCGGCUCGUGAGGCUCCGAACAACCAAUCUUCGAAACAAGGGCUAUCACUUCCCGAUUUCAUGUCAGACUUUGGCCAAGACAAGGGUUUCGACUAUGGUCUCGAAUCAUAUAUGACUCCACCGCAGGAGAACGGCAGUAGCUUCGAUACAUCGACCACCUCGCAGCAGAGUGCUCGUGGACUGCCAGACUUGGCUGCGCUGCGGGACUCUAUUCAGCGGCCAUAUACUCCUCAAGAGGAACUGAAAGCACCCCAGCUAUCCUGGGAUAGUGAUGAGCCUGGAACACCCAGCUCCGUAAUUCGCCAUACAACGAACGAUUCACGCGACUCAAUCUCUCCUCUGGAGGGCGAUCUCGAGAGCGUGCCAGUCGACGAGCCUCUCUCGCCCGCAAGUCAAGGUCCUGCCCUUAGCACGCUGGAGAAAGAGCUUCCGCCGCCUCCCAAGGAAUCACCGAGCGCUAGCCCUGAACCAGCCACUGUACAGCAGGCUGCCGAAGAGCCAAGCAAUCCCAUUGAAGAUGCCCCGGAGGCAGCCCCGGGCUCUAAGAGCGCUCGUGUAAGCAGUCUGGUCCAACUUGAGAUUCCCAAAGAUCAGAGUGAAGAAGGCCUUUCCUGGGGGCUGGAGAAAGAAUUCGAUCGUGUGGUCGAGGCCCAAAAGGUAGAGUUUGAACGCUCUCUCCAACACCUCUAUUACCCAUUCAACGGACGCUUCCCCUCUGUCGAGCUUCCUGACACGAAGGACUCAUACAUGAUGAACGUGCCCUUUCUUCCCCGUCCCCGCGGUGCCCGCACCUAUAAUGAACCGUUUGCUAACAAGGACCUGAAACAGCGCGGCUACUUGAUGCGUCAAAAUACCAAGGUAGUUGUUGCUACUGAGCGAAUUUCCGGGGAGGAGGAUCGAACAACUGGUGCUACUGUCGAUCGGCCAAGCGCGGAGCCCAAUGAGGUCGUAGAUUCUCGCCGAAAGACAAGCCAGCCGACCUGGACUGCCGAGCCAUGGAAUGGAAGAUCCCGCCGCAAGAGCAUUCGUGUCGGUGGGGACGCCGUUUCUGGCAAGAAAAAGGCGGAGGGCCCUGCUCCUCCUCUUCCUGGUCAGCCCAGCAACGUUGAUGGCUUGGGCUCCGUGACUGAGGAUGACCUGGCGGAGGAGGAAGCUGAAGACUUCGAAGAUGGAGCUGAGCGGGGCCGCCUUUUCGUCAAGGUCAUUGGCGUGAAGGAUCUACAGCUGCCAUUUCCUCAGCAUGAGCGCACGUCUUUCGCGCUGACCCUUGACAACGGCCUCCACUGCGUGACGACUGCUUGGCUUGAUCUCGCUCGCGAUGCCCCCAUUGGCCAGGAGUUUGAGCUCGUGGUGCUCAAUGACCUUGAGUUCCAGCUCACUCUGCAGAUGAAGCUUGAAGAACCCAAGAUCCAGCGGCCUCAGUCCCCGAGCAAGCCGCCUACUUCUCCUAAAAAGUCUGGAGCCUUUGGUAGACUCUUUGGUUCACCCAAGAAGAAGGAGAAGGAAGCUCCUCAGCCCACCCGCACACGUCCGGUCACCCCACCAUCUUUCUACGAAAUGGUCCAGGGACUCGUUGCCAAGGACGGCUCAUUUGCUCGCGCAUACAUUAACUUAGCCGAGCAUGAGAAGCAAGCAUAUGGUCGCCCGUACUCUGUCGACAUCACUUGCUUCAACGAAUGGGCUAUGGAACAGGUCAGCGUGGGUAGUCACCGCAGCAAGCGAGGCGCAACUCAACUUCAACGUCGCCCACCCUACGAAAUUGGCAAGCUUGAGCUUCUGCUUCUCUAUGUGCCCAAACCAAAGGGUGCUAAGGACGAAGACAUGCCUAAGAGCAUGAAUGGUGCAGUUCGGGCCCUUCGUGAAGCUGAGGAACGCAUGCAACAGCAAGCCGACAUCAAAGACUUUGAAGGUCACCUAAGUCAGCAAGGUGGAGAUUGCCCCUACUGGCGACGCCGAUUCUUCAAGCUCCAGGGAACCAAGCUUACCGCAUACCACGAGGCCACACGCCAACCCCGUGCCACUAUUAACCUGGCCAAAGCCGCUAAGCUGAUUGAUGACAAGAGCGCACUCACCCAGAAAGAGACUUCAGCCAAGGGAGGUGGUCGCAGACGUAGUGGGUUUGCCGAAGAAGAAGAGGGCUACAUGUUUGUCGAAGAGGGUUUCCGUAUCCGCUUUGCUAACGCAGAGGUUAUCGACUUUUAUGCCGACUCAACCGAAGCGAAGGACGAAUGGAUGCGAGCUCUGUCGCAAGUCGUCGGCAAGGGCAUUGCCACCUCUAACAGCAAGGAAGGCAAACUUUGGACUGACAUGGUGUUCAAGCGUGAGAAGACCACAAUGCGCCGGCAGACCGAUGCUGGUCGGCGAGGCGAAGUCCCUGCACGGAAAAGCAGCGCCCAGCAGCAACAACACCAAAAUUCACAACAGCAGCAACAGCAGCUGCCGCCGCCAAUGGGCCCAAAUACGGCUUCUCAACGUCCCACGAGCCCCGUACGACAACAGACAGCGCCCAUGGCUAGUGGCAUCCCUUCUCCAGCCAAGAGACCAGUCAUCAAUGCUCGCCAGAGCACUGGCCACAUGCGGACCGAGAGCUAUCAGCCCAGCUCGAACAGCGGUGCCCGCAGUCAGGCCAACUCUCCAGUCAAGUCUAGGUUUGGCUUGGGAAUGAGCAGCGAAGAGAGGCGACGCAAAGCACGGAGCAUGCUCAUGUGA